CUGCCUUUGGUCCUUCUAGAGUCUUCUGUUUAUAAUUACAAAAGCACCUUGCUCUCUUUCAUUUUCAGCCCUCCUGUGAAUACGCACACACACUUUCUCUGUCGUUAGUUCAUUCAUUUUCCUUCUCUUUUCUAACUCCAAAAAUCUCUGCAAUUUAAUACGCAUAAAUCAUGUAUCGUUUCGCCUCUAGCCUUGCUUCUAAAGCUCGGAUCGCUAGGAAUAGCACCCAUCAGAUUGGAAGUAGACUGAGCUGGAGCAGAAACUAUGCUGCCAAAGAUAUCAAAUUUGGGGUGGAAGCUAGGGCUUUAAUGCUUAAGGGUGUUGAAGAGCUUGCAGAAGCUGUGAAAGUCACAAUGGGUCCUAAGGGGCGCAAUGUGGUUAUUGAACAAAGCUUUGGUGCCCCCAAAGUGACAAAGGAUGGUGUGACUGUUGCGAAGAGCAUUGAAUUCAAAGAUAAAAUCAAGAAUAUUGGUGCUAGCCUUGUGAAGCAGGUUGCUAAUGCAACUAAUGAUGUUGCAGGCGAUGGGACCACUUGUGCUACAGUUCUUACUCGAGCUAUAUUCACAGAAGGAUGCAAGUCAGUUGCAGCAGGAAUGAAUGCAAUGGACCUAAGACGUGGUAUAAGCAUGGCUGUUGAUGCUGUUGUUACUAACUUGAAGAGCAGGGCGCGAAUGAUCAGCACAUCUGAAGAAAUUGCACAAGUUGGUACAAUAUCUGCAAAUGGGGAGAGAGAAAUUGGUGAGUUAAUUGCGAAGGCCAUGGAGAAGGUUGGCAAAGAGGGAGUUAUCACAAUCCAAGAUGGGAAGACAUUAUAUAAUGAGUUGGAAGUUGUUGAGGGAAUGAAGUUGGACAGGGGUUACAUAUCCCCUUAUUUCAUCACGAAUCAGAAAAACCAAAAAUGUGAAUUGGACGAUCCUCUCAUUUUGAUCCAUGAGAAAAAGAUCUCAAGCAUAAAUGCUGUGGUGAAAGUAUUGGAGUUGGCUUUGAAGAGACAAAGGCCCUUGUUGAUAAUUGCCGAAGAUGUGGAAAGUGAAGCGCUGGCAACCCUUAUUCUAAACAAGCUUCGUGCUGGAAUUAAGGUAUGUGCCAUAAAAGCUCCUGGAUUUGGAGAGAACCGAAAGGCUGGACUCCAGGAUCUUGCUGUCCUCACAGGGGGUCAGGUCAUAACUGAAGAACUUGGCCUCAAUCUUGAGAAGGUUGAUUUGGAUAUGCUUGGCAGUUGCAAAAAGGUUACAGUGUCAAAAGAUGAUACCGUUGUUCUUGAUGGUGCUGGAGAGAAGAAGGACAUUGAGGAAAGAUGCGAACAGAUAAGAUCUACAAUAGAAUUAAGCACUUCUGACUAUGACAAAGAGAAGUUGCAAGAAAGAUUGGCAAAGCUUUCUGGUGGUGUUGCUGUACUUAAGAUUGGUGGAGCUAGUGAAGCUGAAGUUGGUGAAAAGAAAGAUAGGGUCACAGAUGCUCUAAAUGCAACAAAGGCAGCUGUAGAAGAGGGUAUCGUACCAGGUGGUGGUGUUGCUCUUCUUUAUGCCACAAAAGAGUUGGAAAAGUUGCAGACUGCCAACUUUGACCAAAAGAUUGGUGUCCAAAUCAUUCAAAAUGCUCUGAAGACUCCAGUACAUACAAUUGCAAGUAAUGCAGGAGUUGAGGGAGCUGUCGUUGUUGGCAAGUUAUUGGAGCAGGACAAUUACGAUCUUGGCUAUGAUGCUGCUAAAGGUGAAUAUGUGGAUAUGGUGAAAGCAGGGAUCAUUGACCCACUGAAAGUGAUUAGAACUGCUUUGGUUGAUGCCGCAAGUGUAUCAUCAUUGAUGACAACAACUGAAGCUGUUGUAUCUGAACUUCCAAAGGAUGAGAGUGCUGCUCCAGCAAUGCCUCCUGGCAUGGGCAUGGAUUACUGAUCAUGAGAUUCGUGAAGUUCACCAAAAUCCACACAAACAGAGAACUGAGUUUUUCCUUUUUCUUUUAUCUUAGGCGAGUCAUUGAUGUGAAGGUCCAAAGGCAUCCAUCCAUGUAAUCAUAGUGAGAUCUGCAAAUUGUAGGGUGUAGUUUCGGGGAUUGGAUAAUUCAAGAUCUUGAAUUUUUGUUUGAUAGGGAAUGUAAUGCCGCCUUUAAAUCCUCCCCUAAUAAAAACCAAUUUUAUCCUUUGUUAA